GGAGACAGAGCUCGACUAGGCAACAAAGCUUACAACAGUUUCACUCGUGACCUGUGGUACUAUGGUAUGACCUUGCAAGCACCUUCAUAAGUGUCGUUCGAACCUCCAUCUUUCUUACACCUCCAACACCAAACACGAUCUGCGAAUCGCGCAGAUCUAUCAUCAUCGGUGUGUUCACCUAAUCGCCAACACCGACAUGCCAUCUUUCUUGUCACUCCCGUCUGAGCUUAGGCUCGUCAUUUACAGCUGCCUCCUGGACGAUGCCAUCGCCAGUGGUGCCUGCAUCUUCUGGGCCCCGGAUGUUCUCGAGGAUGAGAUGGACACCAUCUCUGUUUCUUACCGUCGAAUCACUCCCUCUGCCGAAGAUACGUUCAACAUGUUUGGCCUUCCCGCUGCCCUGAGUCACGUCGACUUCAGUGCACUUGCUUUUCUUGGACAGGCUUCCAGACUGAUCCGCGACGAAGUGAUGCCUCUCAUCUGGUCGUGUCCGGAUCUGUCACUCCAUGGACAGCGGUCUAAAUGGGUCGAAAUCUUACGCGCUGUGAAGUCACGCCAAUCCGUCAAUCAGUGUUACGCUUCAACAAGCACCAUACUCUGCUAUCCCCAGAGAGUUCCAGCUGGUUGGGGUCAGAACGACAGGGUCCGUCAGGGAGUCAUGAGGGCCUUUAUUCUCUUCCUUGGCAUCCAAUUUCCUAAGCUCCAAAACUUGAAUGUCAUCAUGUCAUCCCCAGCUAAGUGUAUCAUUCCUGUGGUGUAUCUAAAGCUACCGCCCCACGCAAAAACGAUGUUCGCUAUCAACAAUCUACUGCAUCCUACAGUCUCUGUCAGUUACACCUUGCAUAUCAGAAGCUCACUCCAAAACCUAGUGGAUAUUGGUUGGUUUCUUCCUUCAGAGCUCAAAACAUUUCACGAGAAGUACGAGAGCCUUCCUCGUGAGUACAUCGCAAACUGCCGCAACACUCAACACGAAAGAAAGCUCAAGAGAGAAUGGCUUCACUCAAACCACGCAAGCCUCUUGGAGGAGACCCUUAUGCUCCGAGCACUCUUCCAUUGCUAAAUCAAAGUACACGGCUUCAUGGCAAACAAUGUGCACGGCUUCGUGGCAAUAGAUGCACACAACUUUACGAUAAUCGAUACACACGACCUCACAGUCUUUACACGCUCCUAAGCAGCAAGAUCACAAAUUAUAGCGCAAAGGGCUUUCCGCUCACCAGACAAGGGCUCGACCCUCACAAGAAGAAACAGAUCAUGUUGUCAGCACUCUUUCGACAAUAAAUCAGUCGGGGGCUGAGGAGGAACACUACAGACACUCAUUUUAAAAUUCGGACGAAACAUGGGCACAUGGCAAAGGUACUCCGAGUUAUCACAAAGAAAGUACAUACAGCGAGAGAUGCCUACGUUUUCCACACAGCACA